AUUAUUAUAUUGGUGACACUGGAAUUUAUUUAUAGUAUCAUCUGUUUAUGUAUUUGAAUGUAACAUUUUUCGUAAAAAAUGGUCGUAAAUACUUACGACAAAUUAGCUGAAGAUUUACAACGACAAGAACUAGAGGCUGUAAAUGGUAUCGCUCCACCACAAGUUUAUCAACAACUUUUAGCGAUUUAUUUACAUCAAAAUGAUUUAUGUAACGCAAAGUUUUUAUGGAAACGUAUACCGAAUAGUGUGAAAACUUCGACGCCGGAAUUGGCAAAUAUUUGGGCAGUAGGUAAAAGUAUGUGGAAACGAGAUUUCCCCGCCAUAUAUCAAGCUUUAAACGUAACCUGGUCCGAUACGGUGGCGGAUAUUAUGAAACAAGUCAAAGAGGUCGUGAGAGCUAGAGCUGUGGAUUUGAUAUCUCAAGCGUAUUCUUCUAUAACUUUAGAUACGGUGUCGGCGAUGACGGGUUUACCUCCUGACAUCUGUAUACCGGCUUGUGCAGAGAAAGGUUGGACAUACGAGGCUGAUUCAAAGAUAAUACAUCCGGUUAGAAAGCCAGGGGAACAUUUAGGACAGACGAGCAGCGAGGAUCAACUGUCGAAAUUGACGGAUUUUGUUUCGUUUCUUGAAAAUUAAUUAUAUCUCAUUGUUUCUAUUUUUUUUUUAAUAAAGUAUGUGUGAUUAAAAAACUAAGAAUUUUGAAUAAAUAUAUUUAAAAAUUCGUUUCAUUCUUUAUAAAACUUUUUUAAACACUAUGUUUUCGUUUUUGGAAUUCCAUUGCCAGUUUUUGUUCCACUUUUUCUUUAUCAAUUUUCACCUAAAAAAUAUAAAAAUGAUCAUAUUAUUAAAAAAAAAAUUAGAAAGAGUGACCAAUAAACAGACUUGUAUGAUUAGAAAAGCGAGAAGGAGCAUUGGUUUACUACUCUCUGUCUCCUUCUACCCGCCUAUAAAAUCAAAGCUUAAUAUCCUCCUCCUUUGCUGUUCCUAGCACAUAGAGCAGAGAGAGAUAGAGAGUGGUAUACUGAUAUUCUUUCUCAUUCGCGUCCGCUUGCACAAGCUCCCUCUAUGUUUAAUAUUAACUUUAUGGGAAAAUUGAAAAUCCAUUCUUCUUUCUAGUAAUUUGGCCUUUGACUAUAUGAAAUGUCUCGGAUUGACAUAUAAUAGACAGGUAAAAAAGAAGAUUGACACAUUAACUCCUUUCGCUAUGUCUCGGAUCGAUAUAAAAUGGAAGGUUAAAAAAGAAGAUUAAUAGAUUAACUUGAACGUGGAAAAAUUAACUUUUUUUUCCACGAUAAUUCUUAUUAAAUAAAUAUACUACAUAUGAAUAAUUUGCUAAUAAUAAGAUGCUUUGCAUUUUUGAUAUAAAUGCACAAAUAUGAGCUGAAAUUUCAGAUAAAAUUAUUUUAGUAUUUAGAAAAUGCAAAUGAAAAAUAAUAAAAGCAAAAACAAAAAAAACUGAUACACAAUAAUUGUUCUAUUUUAACAAUAAAUCUUGCAACAUUGUAGACUGAUGUUAAAUAGCUGCCAACAUAUAAACGCAAUUCUCCCUGUUAUAUGAUUUCAGUUUCACUUUAAAUAUUUAUUCCAUAUCAAACGGAAUUAGUUUUUAAUCAACUUGAAAUUUGUAUUUUAUAUAAUCUAAGUUGCAUUUGAUAUCAAUUUAAUCUAAAUCCUAUACAAAAUGAAUCUGUCAACUGUCAGCUAAUGUUCAUAGAUCUUAAAUCAUAAUAACGGGUGAAUUAACUUAGAUUCUGUUCAAAAUUGAGAAAAAUACUCAUCCAAAUUUUUUUAUUUGGUCGAAAAUUUCGUUAAUAAAUAAGAUAUAUCAAGGAGAAGAACGAAAUAUUACUAACAAACUCCUCAUUACUGUUCGAGAUUAUACCAAAACGAACGAUUAUUUGUUGACAUAUGAAGUUUGACAAGAUAUACGUCAUAAUAAUGAUUAAUUUAUGUUGUCUUAUUCAAAAUUGUGUGAAAGUUUUUGUUACUGAAUAGAAAGUAUAAAUAAUAUUUAUUAUGUUACGUAGAUUCAUUGUGAAACUUACCGUAUCAUUCAGGUUAGUAAAUUUAUUAUUAUUUUCCGGUUUUCCCAAACCGUCAAGAUAUUUUUGUCGUAAAUAUAACACAGUAUCAAUAUGAGUUUUAUGUUUUAUCGCCAAAUCCAAAGCUCUAAAAUAAAAUUGAUAAAAAAUGAUUAUUAAUAAAUAUAUCAACUAACCUAUUCCAAUCAUAAAGAUUAAUAUUCAUAUAAAUAGCUUGAAAUACCAUUCCGUUAUGUAAUAAAGUUGAUUCGGCGUCUUGUUGUUUUCCACCUAAAAGAGCCAUUUGAGAUUUCUGUUCCACCCUGGAGGGCAAAUCCUACAAUUCAACGUUUUCGUAAUAAAUGAUCAAGACUUUUCCUUAAAUUACCUUUAUAUACUGCAAAAAUAAAACUUUAUCAUAAUGAUUUAUACAUGCGAAAGCUUCUUCUGCUAUAUCAAUUGUAUUUGAAUUCGAUUGAACUGCAAGUACGGCAAGACAUGCCCAUGUUGUUUCAUCGUUCGUUGUACGGCAUAGAUUUAACGCAUCAGUCCAUCUGUUAUCUAAAACGCAUCUAAACACGAAAAUUUAAUUGAGUUUUAACUUUAAAGUUUAAUUUUCUCGCACAUUUUCAUCUCGUAAAACAAUCUCGUUUCGUUUUUAUUUGCUAUACUAUACAAACAUCUCCUGUAAUAAUAUAAGUUCUACUAAAAUAAAAUACGUUUACCCUCCAAGAAAAACAAACAUGGCAGUUUAUUUAAUUGCCCUACAACUCAGUUUCCUAUUGGUUAAAGUAUUGUCAAUAAUAUUUGAAAUAAAUCAAACAAUAUAUGUUUAAAAACUAAUAAUUGUUGAUAUUUAUUAAAUAAAUAAGGUAAUACAACCCCAAA